CGAACUGUGCCGAUGGCAGCGGAACUUUAGCGCCUGAAACUUGAGUGCUCGAAUAAUUUCAUGUUCAUAAGUAAUAAAAAAACGCAGCCACAAUAAAUACAAUUCUCAAUUGGCUGUGUGCGUGUUUUUCCAACGCACAAAACACAUACAAAAAUAUAGCAUUUAAUUUCUGUGUCCAUUAUGUGUGCAAUUAAAUGAAAAUAAAAAAUUAUAUAUAUAUUAACAACAACAAAAUUCGGUGUGUGAAAAAGCAAAAGUAACAACAACGAAAUUAGACGCGUAAAUUGCGUAGCGAAUGCUGAAUGAAUAAAUAAAUACAGAAAAGCGGCAAGCACAGCCAGAGCAGAAAGCGAAACAGGAGCGAUAAGCUUACCACUCCCACACUUCAACAACUAAAGAAACUCAACAAUUCAACAACUCAACAAUAAUUAAAACACACAACACUGCCAUAUUGCAACAAAGAAUAUAUCGAACUGUUAUCAGAAACCAGAUCAACCUCAAUCUACCUCGUUUUUGGGCCAAUAUCAAUAUAUACCAACCACAUAGAAUCGAAUGUAUAUAACCGAGAAACUGCUUCCAAGUCCGAAGUAAUGGGAACAACAACAUGGAACAACAGGCAGUGACUAAGACCACCUAGAACUGCUGCUGAGAUUACAUCCUUGAGAUUACAGAAACCCAAUUGAGAUCUAGGAGCGUAUCCAAUCCCAAAUCCCUAAAUUCCCAGGAUUCCAAGGAACUCUAGUGGCCAGCAGAAUGACGAAGAGCAACGGGGAUGUGGAGGCAGGCGCCACUCAGGCCGCAUCUUUGGGCGGUGGAAAGCAAAGCAACGGACAUGGCCAGGUGAAUGGCUACCAUCAGAAUGGAGGCGGAGGGAGACGUGAUUCCAGCCAGGCCUUCACACCACUCCUGGCCCAGAACGGAGGCAGCGAGGUGGCCACAACGCCACCGCCAAGCACAGUGCUCUACGAGAGCACGCCGAGCAACAACAACGAAUGGAAGGGACCGGCGGUGGAGGACCUCAAGAAUGGCAAUCACACCAACAACAAUGGCACCUCCAAUGGCCAUGGACAUGGUCACAGUCUCAGCGAGAAAUAUGCCCACGAACAGGCACCUCUAACUGGUGGCUACAAGUUGCCUCAACGAUCCAGUGAAUCGGAGGAGUCCGACUUUGAUUCAGACCUAAAUGGUGGCUCCUCCUCGGCGGAUGCUGCAGCCAGCUGUGGUUUGUUUGGCUGCCGUCCCAGGUGGGCCCGGAGAUUUGCCUCCACGCAUGUCUUCAUGGUGGUCUUCCUGCUGGCUUACAUCCUGCAGGGCAUGUACAUGACCUACUUUGUCUCGGUGAUCACCACCAUUGAGAAGCUCUUCCAGAUCAAGUCCAAGACGACUGGGCUCCUGCUUAGCGCCAGCGAAAUGGGUCAGAUCUGCACGGCCAUGCUGCUGACCUACUUUGCGGGAAGGGGUCAUCGUCCUCGGUGGAUAGCCUGCGGCAUGGUCCUCUUCUCCAUAGCCGCCUUUGCCUGCGCCCUGCCGCACUUCAUCUUCGGGGAGCAACUGAUGCACUCCAGCGUAAUCCUGCAGCAGCAACCGCAGCAGAUUCCAGAGUCCACCUCCUCGAUGUGGCUCAAUGCCAGCCAUGGGUCGGAGGUGAUGACCCUGAAUCCCAAUUUGUGCAUCCUUGGAGGCAAUGCCAGCAUGUCGGGCAGUGAGUGCAACGAGGAGCGGCAGCUGGAGCAGGCCUCCCACUCCAAGAUCACCGUCAUUGUGCUGUGCAUCUUCUUUGGCAGCCUCCUGAGCUCUGGCAUUGGCCAGACGGCGGUGGCCACUCUGGGCAUUCCCUACAUCGAUGAUAAUGUGGGCAGCAAACAGUCACCGAUGUACAUGGCCGUCACCAUUGGCAUGCGGAUCCUGGGUCCUGCCUCUGGUUUCAUCUUCGGCAGCUUCUGCACCCGCUGGUAUGUGAACUUCUCCAAUCCCGGCUUCGAUGCCACCGAUCCUCGCUGGAUUGGUGCCUGGUGGCUGGGACCGGUGGCCAUUGGCAGCCUGAUGCUGUUGGCCUCCAUUGCCAUGUUCUCGUUCCCCAAGCAGCUGCGGGGCAAGCAGCAAUCCCAGGCGGCGGCCAGUGCAGUGGCAGCUCCUCCAGCAGAGCCAGAGGAAAAGCCCAAGCUGAAAGAUUUUCCCAAGACGGUACGCCGUCAGUUGAGCAACGAUAUCCUAAUGUUCCGCACUGCCUCCUGUGUGUUUCACCUUCUGCCCAUCGCUGGUUUAUAUACUUUUCUGCCCAAAUAUCUGGAGACACAGUUCCGGCUGGCUACGUAUGAUGCCAACAUGAUUGCUGCCUUCUGCGGCAUCCUGGUCAUGGGCAUUGGCAUUGUUAUUUCUGGUCUCUUUAUCCUGAAACGAAAGCCCACGGCCAGAGGUGUUGCUGCCUGGAUUGCAUUUACAGCCCUUGUCUAUUCCGUGGGAAUGAUCAUACUGAUGUUCAUUGGCUGCAGCAUGAAUGACUUUGCUGGCUACAAGGCGAGCGAUGGCAACAGUCCCGCUCUUAUCGAGCCCACCUGCAGUGCCGCUCUCAAUUGUACCUGUGAUAAGGAGAACUUUGCGCCAAUUUGUGCCGAUGGCAAAAUGUACAUCUCGGCCUGCCAUGCGGGAUGCAGUAGCUCCUCACUGCGGCCCAGCGAUAAUCGCACCCUAUACUCCGACUGCGCUUGCAUUCCAGAUGCUCCGGAGGCGGUCAACGGUUACUGUGAUAAUAACUGCAAGAACUUCAUCUACUUUAUAUUGAUCUUUGCCAUUUGCGUAUUUAUGCAUUCCACCUCCGAGGUGGGCAGCAUGCUGCUCGUCAUGCGCUGUACACAUCCCAAAGAUAAGGCCAUGGCCAUGGGUGUGAUACAGUCGGCCAUUGGCCUAUUCGGCAAUGUUCCUUGUCCCAUCAUCUAUGGUGCCGUUGUGGAUUCCGCCUGCCUCAUCUGGAAGUCGGUGUGCGGCAAGCAUGGAGCCUGUUCGCUCUACGAUGCGGAUACCUUCAGGCACUAUUUUCUAGGUAUCACGGCUGGCAUCAUGUUCCUGGCAUUCCUCAUGGACCUGGUGGUCUGGCGCAAGGCACAUCGCAUUGAUAUUGCGCCAGAGGAUCCCCAGGAUGGUGGACACACUCCCAAUGGACGCUCCCUGGAGGUGUCAGAGUCCAAGCAGCCCAUCUCACCGGCGCCGGAUACGACGGUCUAGGAGAAGGAUACACGAAUCCUUGACAGAGACAGAGACGAGAGCUUGGCGCAGCAGCUGAGAGAUUUCCAAUAAACGUUUACCUUAAUUGUUAAUUAGUUAUCAUUUUGUCUAGUUUUUUAGCCUAGUGCAAGAGUUAUGUAUUUAGUUAAGAGAAAGAAAGAGAGAGAGAGAAAGUGGCAUCUUCGAUUAUCGGGAAACCUCAUUGAAAUUUACAUUAGAAAUUGAGCUCGUCCAAGCCCAACCCGAACCAGAACCCCAAGGAUCCCUGCUCCAUAUUCUACAUAAUACCUAUAUAUGGAUUACGAUUUAAUUCUGUGUAAAAAUCUCAACGCGAAACGAAGAUAUAAAGCGUAACUAAAAUGAAAAAGAAAAUUAGAAACUGAUUGAAAAUGCAACAAGUAAAUUGAGAAAUCUGUAAUGUGUAAACUAUAUAUGUGUAAUCUGUAAUGUAGUUAUUAAUAUAUUAGACAUAUACAUUUACAUGUAUGUAUGUAAUUGCAACCUAUCUGUGGUAGUUAAAUUUUAGUUAAAAUUCAAACUAAUUGUCUAAGUUUUGUCAUACAACAUGAGCAACCAACAACAAAAAAAAACAAUAUACGAAA